GGAAGGCCUGAGACCCAAGGAAGGACUACGAAUCCCAGCAAGCAGUUCGCGACGCAAGGACCCAGGAGGAGGAGCUCAAAUCGUCGGUCCCGGCAGAACCAGGCAGUGGCAGCACCUGGUGCAGGUGGCCAUGGGGAAGCGUUACUUCUGCGACUACUGCGACCGCUCCUUCCAGGACAACCUCCACAACCGCAAGAAGCACCUGAACGGGCUGCAGCAUCUCAAGGCCAAGAAGUCCUGGUACGACAUGUUCCGAGAUGCAGCUGCCAUCCUGCUGGAUGAACAGAACAAGCGGCCCUGCAGGAAGUUUCUACUGACAGGCCAGUGCGACUUUGGCCCCAACUGCAGAUUUUCCCACAUGUCAGAGCGAGACCUGCAGGAGCUGAGCAUCCAGGUGGAGGAGGAGAGGCGGGCCAGAGAGUGGCCUGUAGACAGCACGGAACUCCCCGAGGGCCGUCUGGAGGACUGGCUGGAGAAGAGAGCCAAGCGGCUGAGCUCAGCCCCCAGCAGCAGGGCUGAACCCAUCAGAGCCACUGUCUUCCAGUACCCAGUGGGCUGGCCACCAGUCCAGGAGCUGCCUCCAUCUCUGCGGGCACCCCCACCCGGGGGGUGGCCCCUGCAGCCCAGCGUCCAGUGGGGUUGAGUCCCUCAUCCCCACCUGACUCCCACCAGCCAGUUCCCACUUCAGUCACAAUAAAGGGUUCAUACCAGGA